AUGCCACCCUUCGUCCCCCGCAAGCGCGUAUCCUCCGAGGACCCGCCCCCGGCCAAGCGCCAGGCCCGGCCCGAUAAUUCUCAAGCUCCCCAAGCUCCCCGUGCUCCGUUCCACCUCUCCGACUCCGAUUCCAACUCAUCUUUGAGCGACGCACCCGAAGAUCUCCAGGGCAAUGAAUCCGAGGAAUCCGAAGAUGAAGAAGAUGAUAUCGAUUGGGAGGACGCGAUAGACACAAAGACCACCGCCACUACACCUACUGUCGCAGCUCCUGAGUUACAGGACCUAGAAUUGACCCUGGAUCAAAAUGAGACACACGUCUCCGAUCUUCUGGAUGGUAAGAAAGGGCCUAGUAAAAUUGAGCGUCAAAUCCGGAUCCAGACACACUGUAUGCAUGUCCAAUGCUUGCUUUUCCACAACGCCAUUCGCAAUGCCUGGAGCAACGAUUCCAAGGUCCAUGAGAUCCUGCGCAAAAAGCUACCGGAAGGGAUCCACAAGGAAGUCAAGAAAUGGCGCAUCGCAUCGGGCCUAGAACUUCCAGAAGCAAAACCUGAACCGCCCAAGAUUAAGAAGAAGGGCAAGAAGGCCCAGAAAAAUAAAGACUGGAGUGAUGAGUCGGAGCGACUGGAACCAGGCCAGCCGGAUAUGAGCCGUGGCGAUCCAAUCAUUACAUUGAUAAAGGUGCUGGUCGCAUACUGGAGGAAGCAGUUUCACAUCACGGCCCCAGGACUGCGAAAGAAUGGAUACCGGCCGGUAUCUGCUCUGGAAGCUGCAAUCACCGAUUUUCGCGAGGAAGAACAUGAUUCAGAGCGCCAUGGUGAGCGUAUCGCCAACCUCGACGAGUUCCGCGCGACCGCCGAGCGUAUGCAGGGCUCACGGGACGUCGGCGCACAGCUCUUCACAGCUCUCGUCCGCGCUUUAGGCAUCGAGGCCAGACUUGUGGGUAGUUUACAGCCGCUGGGCUUUGGUUGGACCAAGGGAGAGACCUACACACCUGUCACGCCCUCUAAGGACCCUGAAAAAGAAGGGGAAUCGCAAGGAUCCGAGCCCGAUACUGACGUAACUGAAAAUAAACUCCCAGUGAAGAAUAAGCGCAAAGAUUUCGACAGUGAUCUGCCGUUUCCUAUCUACUGGACCGAAGUUGCUUCACCGGUUACGAAUGAGAUCAUAUCUGUCGACCCACUUGUACUUUCCAAUCCCGUGGCGCCAUUUGCAGAUACAGAUCUACAAGCAAACUUCGAGCCUCGUGGUGCAAAAGCAGACCGUGCCAAACAAGUCAUAUGCUACGUGGUUGCCCACUCAUCGGAUGGCACUGCUAAAGAGGUCACAACAAGAUAUCUUCGACGGCGGACCUGGCCCGGCAAAACGAAGGGCUUCCGAAUGCCCUUGGAAAAAGUACCCGUAGGUCCACGCGGGAACUACAUCGCCUUCGACUGGUUUGGGAUGGUAAUGCGUGGGUACCAGCGAGCCCGCAAAUGCAAAACAGCAGUCGACAAACUUGAGGAAACGCGAGAUCUACAACCCAACCAACCCGAAAAGAAAAAAACAACCCAAACCGUCGACACUCUCCAAAGCCUCCGAACUUCCACCGAGUUUGUCCUAGAGCGCUUCCUCCGCCGCGAGGAAGCCCUCCGGCCCGGCGCCGAGCCCGUACGAACCUUCAUCGCCGGAAAAGGCGCCCGAGCCAAAGAAGAACCCGUCUUCCGACGAGCAGACGUGCUAAAAUGCCUCUCCGCCGAAAGCUGGCACAAAGAAGGUCGCCAGACGAAACCGGGCGCGGUAGCCCUCAAGCGUGUGCCUAUUCGUGCCGUGACCCUCAUACGCAAACGUGAAGUCGAUGAAAUGCACCGCCAGACCGGCGAAAAACCACUACAGGGACUGUACGCGCGCGACCAGACAGAGUACAUCGUCCCGCCGCCUAUUCAGGACGGCCGUAUCCCCAAGAAUGAAUAUGGUAAUAUCGACUGUUUCGUGCCGAGUAUGGUCCCUGCGGGCGCGGUACAUGUCCCCUUACCUGGUACCGUGCGGGUGUGUAAGAAGCUUGGCAUCGACUAUGCGGAGGCAGUGACGGGAUUCGAGUUUGGAUCGAAGAUGGCUGUGCCGGUUAUUCAAGGUGUUGUUGUUGCGGCUGAGAAUGAGGGGUUGCUUAGGGAUGCUUGGAGAGUUGAGGCCGCGGAGAAGAGGAAGAGGGAGGAGCUUAAGGCUGAGAAGAAGAUUCUACAGACGUGGAGGAAGUUUUUAUUUGGGUUACGGAUUAUGGAGCGAGUGAGGGAUGAGUAUGGGGGUGGAGAUCCGGAUGCUGAUCGGGAGCGCGAAUCGCAUAACCCUUUUGCUGUACAGAAGAAAAAGCAGGAGGAGGAAUCAAAUGAUGAUGGGGCUGAUAAAGAAAUGCCUGAUCUGGAGCCGUCAUACAACGCGUUUGAUCAUGGUGGUGGCUUUCUUCUUCCUGGUCAUGAAGAUGAUGCGGACGAUGGGUUGGUGGUCGAGAAUCAUGAUCAGCAGCGGAGUCAUGCAGGUCCGUCUCAGACUGAUGUCGAUGACGCCGAUGACAGCAAGCCAUUCGAAUCUGGAUGUCCUACAGACUCCCCGCCUAUGUCUAUCUCCUCGGAUUCAGAUAACGAGGUGGAUAAUGGCAAGGGUGAAGACUCAGAACCUGAAUACGCACCUCGCCCGACACGACGGACGCGAGGUCGUUGA